AUGUCCGCCUCACCUACCAUAGCUCCUACGCAAUCUACAAAGCGUCCUCUUGAGGAUCCAUCUUCCCCUUCUGCAACAAACGAUCAACCAGAUGCCAAGCGACCUGCUUUAGAUAAGAUUGUAAAGGAUGAGGAUGAUGUAGAAGAGACACCUCUCGUCGACGAAAUCGAACUUCCAGUCCACAUCAAUGCAAACGGGGAUGCAAAGCCCGAGGAAGCCAAUGGAGCGAAACCAGCAGUAAAGGAUGCUCAAGGGGAUACGGUGGUAGUUGACGCUCCUACUACUACUGAAGGACCACAGCCAAUUGAGACCACCAUAUCUGCUCUCAAACGCGAAGGUUCCUCGUCUGGAAACGCCCUUCCACACGAUGAAAGCGGAUGGAUACACGUUCGCUCUGUGAUUACAAGUGCCGAAGCUGCCACCGUUAUUGGCAAGGGAGGUGAAAAUGUUUCCUUGGUCCGAAAGCUUUCUGGUGCAAAAUGUACCGUCAGUGAUUACCAAAAGGGUGCAGUGGAAAGAAUUUUGACUGUCAGCGGUGUUGUUGAUGCAGUAGCUAAGGCAUUUGGUUUGAUUAUUCGAACAUUGAACAAUGAACCUCUCGAGGCUCCUUCAGACUCUAACUCGAAGACAUACCCUCUCCGCCUUCUUAUUCCACAUAUUCUGAUUGGCUCUAUAAUUGGCAAAGGUGGUGUUCGCAUUAGAGAAAUUCAAGAAGCUUCAGGGGCUCGUUUGAAUGCUUCCGAUUCAUACCUUCCGCUUUCAACUGAGAGAUCGCUUGUCGUUCUUGGUGUCGCAGAUGCCGUUCAUAUCGCUACCUACUAUGUUGGCAGCACAUUAUUCGAACAAUUAACGGAGAGAUUUGGUGGCCCCGCUGCAUCUGCUUAUGCAUCGAGAAGUGGUGGACCUGCAGGUGUAGUCCCAGGUGGUAUGCAGGUGGUCCCAUAUGUGCCACAACCAGCUGGUGGAAACUUUGGUCACCCUGACAAUCAUCGUCGUGGUGAGCGUGGUGCUCAUAACACUCCUGGAAAUGCUUAUGCUCAGCCAUAUGGUCAAGGACAAGCACCUCAUCAACAACCAGCUGCUGCUGGACAUUACGGCGGUCAGGCUUCCCCAGCCGUGGGUGGUUAUGGUGGAGUGGGACCACAACAACCACAACAAGCUGGUCACGGUGUUCCCCAACCACAAGCUGGUGGCCCACAAGGUCAACCUAUCGCAGGUGCUAUUCCUGGUCAACCAUUAACGCAACAAAUCUUUAUUCCAAAUGACAUGGUUGGUGCUAUAAUUGGUAAAGGUGGUGCCAAGAUCAAUGAAAUCCGACAACUCAGUGGUAGUGUCAUUAAGAUCAAUGAGCCUCAAGAUAAUUCGAAUGAGAGACUUGUUACAAUUACAGGAACAGGAGAGUGUAAUCAAAUGGCAUUAUACAUGCUCUAUUCAAGGUUAGAGAGUGAACGUCACAGAGCAUCAAGCUAA